UGAUCAUGUCAUGACACAUGUUUCUUUUUACUCUUUCAGCUAUAGGACGAAACCUAAUUCCAAGGUACUUUCGCAGCAUAUUUGAAGGUGGAGUUAAAGAACUGUACUAUCAUGUGGUGCAGCCGAAAGAGUCCUUCCACAAUAACACAAGUACAAUCACGCUGGACUGUGAAAAUACCACUAUGGUUACACAUCAUAAAUCUCCAGUCUUCACAAAGGUCUGCACUGAGGGCCGUCUGUUACUAGAAUUCACAUUGGAUGAUCUUAUGAGGAUACGUAACUGGCAUUUUGCCAUCCGGCAUUACACAGAAAUGAUCCCACGGAAUGUGAUCGUCCGGACUCAGGAUCCAAACGUUCUGGAUCAGUUGUCUAAGAACAUCACAAGACAUGGGAUGACGAAUGUCACACUCAAUUAUCUUAGGCUUUGUGUUAUUUUAGAGCCCAUGCAAGAGCUCAUGUCACGUCACAAGACAUACAACAUGAAUCCCAGAGAUUGUUUAAAGUCAACCCUUUUCCAAAGAUGGCAAAGAAUGUGUGCGCCUCCAGAGUAUAAUCACGGUGAAAUGAUGUGGCAACCCAAUACACCAACUACUCCAGGAUCCCCUUUUCCUAAACUUCUUGAGAGAACCUUGACUGGGCAGCCUGCUUCCAAAAAAGCAGAAACUCCACGAGCCCCAAGGCCAAGACGGAAACGCAAGUCAACAAACGCAAAUUCAUCAACGCCCAGCACCGGGAUGAACAGUACCUCAAGUAAAAAGAAAUCACCCAGUGCAGCUGGGUUUACACUGGCAACGCAGGAUGUUAUGGUUGUUGGCGAGCCAUCUCUGAUGGGCGGGGAAUUUGGGGAUGAGGAUGAACGGCUCAUUACAAGGCUGGAGAACACUCAGUAUGAUGCCAGCAAUGGCGUCGGCGACGACGGAGACUUUGGUAACAGUCCCCCUAUGAGUGGAAGCCCUGGUCUCUGGACUGGAGACCGAAAACCAAACCAAGAGGACAGUACAGGAGACUAACAUGACGUGGCUUGCAUCCAUUCAAAAUGGGCAUCGUUAUUUAUCCUCGCAGAUGCCCGCUUUAAUAUUGCGCUUUCUUGAUCUUACAUGUCCUGAGGACAUUUCAGUACAGUGUACAUGAGGUCGCAUGAACUGCCGACCAUCGUUUGUAAACGGUCACUCUCUAAAAGAGUUUAAAUGUAGAGAUUUUAUGAGGGUUGUUUAAAGUUAUUUAUGUUCUUUCUGAUCAUCUUCUCGCUGCAGAUGUAAUGUCGACCCGUCGUUACCCUCUUGUAUUCUCUUUUUAUUAGUAGAGUUUAUCAACAUAAAGUAUUUUGCAUCCGUUUUGUUUCUGUUUUUUUUUGUUUUGUUUUGUUUUUGUUUUUUUUGUUUUUUUCAUGGAAUAAAAAAGUUCUUUAUCUUAUUGGUGUUAAAAAAGAGGUUGUAGAAACAAUGAUUUAUCACAGCCCUGCUGGUAGCACGGGUGCUAUUUGUGACUCUGAAACAGUUAUCAAACUACUUUAUCCAGUCACGUAUUGCUCUACAGACUAAAAAAAAGUCAGUUAGUGAACUGUACGUCAAUGGUGUUUUUGUGUUCAGCACCCUUAAAUGUUGCGUAGCAACGUCGAGCAGACUUGGUCGUUUCUCCAAAACAAAUUUCUAGAGAAAAGCAUUCCUAUAUUUCCAGUCUGUAAUAAGAACGGUCUUUACAGCAUUAGAGUAUUGCUCGAUUUCUUAUAAUGGCAAACUUUUUUCUGGUAUAGGUAUGAUUGCAAGGAGAGAAUUUCCCUUCAAUGCUGUCCUGAUUGCAAAGAGUUCUAAUUAUCCACUCAAUUAUCUAGUCUCCGAAGAAAUAACCUAAACAAGCAGAAUGUAUUCGUUCUAUUUGUUUGUUGUUGUUUUUUUUCCUUACAGCCUUGCAAAAUAUUUCUUCAAAACAAAUGUAGCUCUCUCUCUUUCUCUUCGAAGUUAAGGAAAAGGAGAAAGGUCUAAGUCUGCCAGCAUUUGUGACGAGAUUUUAUCAGAAGACUACCAAAAUGCCUGCCUUUUUUGAACUCUUCAAACCCACUUUAGCAAUGUUAGAAAUAGUCAAUACCGUACGUGUAAUGUGUCAAAGCUUGAAGCUCGGCGUAUACAGCAUUCCUAACCAUUGCAAAUUAUUUUAGUUUUGUUGUACAAAGAACAAAAAUCAAAGUAACAAAACGCGUUAUCUUAUUCCAUUCAAUAAAUAAAGGUUAUACAAAAUACAUUAACGCCA